GGUUAGUGUGCGCCUGACUUGUGUACGAAACGCAGGCAGCUCGAGCUUACCUUACUUGUAUUUGACACUCGCGCAACGCUUGACGCUGAGAUGUUAACGACCGCCAACGUUCCGAAUCGCACAUAAAACAAAUAAAAUAGUACAUUCACUAAUAAUAAAAAAAUGCGCUUUUAAAUUUGUGAAUUAUUGUGCAUUGAAGUUCUAAAUAGUGCUUUCUCUGACCGGUCAUGGUGUAAAAGUGCAACGGCCGCAAAAAUAUAGCAAUGACGUUCUCUGGAAACAUGAAGGAAAAUAAAACGCGAAAAGACACAUGGGAAUCGGAGCUUGGCUAUGGAUGGUCACGCAGCGGACAACAGCGAUGCGUGCGUCAUCGCCCACCGGAGUCAACUAUGUCAGUCAGUAGUGACAUCAGAUUUACGCGGAGAAAACUUAGCCGGUCCUGUCGAGGAUGUUGUGCUGCAAUAGCAGCGCUUCUAGUGCUACUGCUGCUUGCAGCUGUUGCUGUAUACCUUGGUCAUAUGUAUUUAUUCGGUGACCCUCUGAAUAAGCAAACGUUCCGUGGGUCUUUCAUCAUAAAAAGUAACGCAGAAGACAUUCAAAGUUGGAAGGAAAGUAACCAGACUACAGAAAAUGCAUUUCAGCACAUAUUAUUUCAAAUCUAUCAGAACUCCGAACUACAAUCUUGUUUUGUAUCUGCUGACGUAUUAGCUUUAGACAGCACAGAGGAAAGGCGGGAUGGUAUCCGUAUACACUUCGAAGUAUCCUUCGAGCCUAUAUUUACUGCGGUAACGACGUCUGAGGUGACAGCCGUACUCGCUCGCGAGUUGACUUCGCCGACAACUUAUUUUAGCCGGUACACUACGUAUCCAGAAACAUUACAUAUAGAGGAGAAUUACAUGAUUGCAUCUUUGCAAUUGAAGGAAGACGAAACGACCACAUUAGAACCACCUACAACUGAAAUUAUAAGUUCUGAACCUGAAGUGGAACGACGCGAAUGUGUACCGGUUACUUUGGGAUUAUGUUCACACUUACCUUACAAUACCACCUCUUAUCCAAAUAUGGUGGGGCAUUCGGACAAAGAUGCUCUUAUGCGAGACCUCGUGGCGUUUAGAGAGCUUUUAGACGCUGAAUGCUCUCACCUUGCUCAGGAUUUCGUAUGUCAAAUGCUACAGCCUCGUUGCGAAGGUAAUCAUGUAGUGCGACCGUGUCGCUCCUACUGUCGAGCUUUCCACGAAGGCUGCGGUGCUCGCCUACCUGAACGACUAAAAGCACAUUUCGACUGUGCGCGAUUUCCAGACUUUUUUGGGAUCGGAUCUUGUGCUCCACAACCAGACUGUCAUAGUGAUUUACAACGGCUAGCUUUAUCGCGGCGAGCGUGUGAUAGUAUUCCUGACUGCGCCGACGCAGCUGAUGAGCGCGAAUGUGCGUACUGCAAGAGCGCGGGGGCCGGCGCCCUACGAUGUGCCCUUAACGAGCGAUGUCUGCCUCCCGCCUUACGUUGCGACGGAAAUCCGGACUGCCCCGACGGAAGCGAUGAGGCUGGAUGUCUGUGGAUUUCUCGAUCCCUGUCUUCAUGGCAACGGGAAAAUUCUGAAACAACAUUGGGAGCUGUAAGGAAUCGCGCCGGAUACGCUCUCUGGGCUGAGCGUGGAAGAUAUGGAAAAAUAUGUGCUACUCCGUUUGAAAACGAUAAAAAAGCUCUUAAAAGCGUUGCCUCAUCUUUAUGCAAAGCACUUACGUUCACAUCAUCAAUAAGCGCAGAGGCGGUUCUUGAUGCAGAGGAAUUAAAUAAAACAAACUUCGAGAACUCAACAGAAUUUAGGUCGAUUGCAGAAUACGUGGAAAUAGUAGAUCCCUUUGCUGCUGAAAUAUCUUUCGUCAAGAGUGAAUGUCCGCAGCGAAAAGUCAUUAGAAUUAUUUGUGACCAACUUGAUUGUGGAAUACCAUCAGCAAGAGGCACGAGUUCGACGAGUGGAGUUGACAGCUUACCCCGUUCGGCUCGGCCGGGAGACUGGCCUUGGCAAGCUUCGUUGUUGAGAUCUAACAUCCAUGCUUGCGAUGGCUCACUUAUACACCCUUCGUGGCUUAUAACUACAGCGUCAUGUUUUCAGGGGCAACCAAAAGCAGAAUGGACAGCCAGAUUUGGCACAGUCCGAAUACAAAGUACGACACCAUGGCAGCAAGAACGUCGUAUCGUCGGAAUGGUACGAUCUCCCGUUGAAGGUAGCAUGCUGGUACUGGUUAGACUUGAAGAGCCCGUUGAAAUGACCGAUUUUGUGCGACCAAUAUGUCUAUCGAAUAAGGCCCUUUAUAGUGAAGAACGAAGUGUUUGUAACACACUUGGAUGGACAAGAAAUAGAGACCAGCUGCAAAGAGUUCACAUAGUUCCCAGUCCAAUGAGCACUUGUGAAAACGUCAGUAUAGCCAAUCCAAACGGCAUCUGCUCGGAACCUUUGUACGACCAAGAUGACUGUGACGAAGAAGAAUAUGCUGGAAGUUCGAUGAUGUGUUUUGAUGAUAAAACGAAGCGUUGGUCAAUAAUGGGUGUCAGUGCAUGGCGCAUAGCUUGCGCAAAGAUAGGUCUAGGGAGGCCUCGCAUAUACGACCCGGUCACAUCACACGUUGAUUGGAUCCGCAGAACAGUUUCUGAUUCAGCAAGAUGACCGUAAUUUAGAAACCUUGGGUACUGCAAAGACUGCAUAAAUUAAUCGAUGUUUCACAGCCUAUUUCUAAUUUAAUAUGUUGACAAUUUUUUUAAAUAUAGUACGGCGCUAGAUGUUGCGGUUUGUUUACAAUUAACGCUUCAAAAUGUUAUUACAUUAUUACACCUAUAAUUUGUACUUAGCUUAUUUUGAUAGCCACAAGUACCUACCACAUUGUGUUAAUAAGAAUCAUAAAGCGUGUUAUGUUGUCACUAGGCAGAAACAAAGGAUUUCUGAGGCCUAACCCACCACAAUGACAAUUAGUGCUUAAUCAAAAAAAAGUAUGAUUGUGUUGUUAAUUUUUGUUUUUUAAGUUACAGAGCUUUGGAAUAAGUAAUUAUUUUAUAAAUGGUCGGAUUCUCUUAUAAUCAGUCCUUUGAAAUGUUUUGUUACCAAAAAGCUGUUCAGGACAACUUCCCAUGUUUUUCUACAAUAGGUUUGGCAAUUUAUUUAAUUCAAAAUAUUGAAGUGUAUCAAUGUAUCACCUGUUAAAUUUACAGAUGAGUGAAUUUCAAUCAAUAAUCAUGAAUUUCAUUGUGCCACUCCCAAUUGAUUUUGGUUUUUUAUUUUAUUUAUAGUGUAUUUUCUUCAAAUUAUUAAAUAAGAUUAGGAAUAACAAACAUAAUGUAAUUUGUAAAUAUGUAAUUUAUUUAAGUGAGGGAACCAAAUUAUUUAAUAAACUUUCAUAUUUCAAUGUC